AUGUUCAGAACUUUAUUAAGAACCUCGCCACUUGUGGCCAGACCUUCGGCCCGUCUUUUCUCCACAUCCAGAGCCGUGUUCAACAGCACCAGCCACAAGUUGAACAAAGAUUCACAUGUCUACAAGUACUUGCAGGAGGGUCCUUCCACCAUCAAGUACACUGCCGAACACGAAUGGUUGGCCAUCUUCAAGGACGACUCUGCGUUCGUGGGUAUCACCACCUACGCCAGUGAGGCAUUGGGAGAUGUCACCUUCGUGGAAUUGCCAGAAGUCGGCGACAAGGUCGAGGUUGGCGACACCAUUGGCUCUGUUGAAUCGGUCAAGAGCGCCUCAGAAAUCUACUCUCCAGUUGCUGGAGAGGUUGUUGCCAUCAACGAUGUGUUGGAGAGUGAGCCUCAACUCAUCAACACCGAUCCUAUCGGAAACGGGUGGAUUGCCCAGAUCAAGUUGUCCGACCCAGCAGCAAUCGAGUCGUCCGAGGAAUUGUUGAGUGCCGAGGAGUACGAAAACUCGUUGAGCGAAAACUAG